AUGGACUUGCAGGAUGAGCAUUCAAUAAUUAAUUUGAAGUUUAUGAAAAUUACCGGAUUCUAUCAAUUGAUAAGACCAUCGGAUGGCUUAAAAUUAUUCAAUGUCAAUAUUUAUAUGAUUGCAUUCAUCGUGCACAUAUUUAUUCUUAUUUUGGCUUUAAUAAUAGGCUUAUAUAGCACCUAUUUUUGUAUAAAUGAUGUAAAUCAAAUAUUCAACUAUAGUAUAAUGAAUUUCUCUAAUACCUUUGCAAUUUUUAAGUGCUACUUUAUAAUCAAAAAUGCAAAAACCAUUUGGAAUUUUACGCAUAUGAUGUCCACAAAUUUCAUAUCUUUUAAAAACCACACAAAAGAAUUAUAUAAAAUUGGUCGAACUAAAUCCUCGACUUUGAUGAUAAUUUCCAUUGGUCUUUGGUCAUCUACUGUAUUAUAUUGGAGUUUGUAUGCAAUUUUAAACAGUAACAGCUAUCUAAAAAUUGAAACCGAAGGUGGGAUAUUCAGUUAUCGAUCUAAUACUAUUGGAUUGAUAUAUCCAGUAACUGAUACAUUUUUCAAUAAAUAUUUUUAUGUAUUUUUUAUAAUUGAAACAAUUUUCUUGAUGUUUUGGGCUGAAAUUAUGUGGGUUUUCGAUAUUCUAAUAAUUUCAGUUUGUAUAUGUAUUGAAUACCAACUGAAGACUAUUGCUGACUCGUACAGUUCACUAGGCCUCAAUCAUAAUGAAUCGACGGGUAACAAACAAUGUACCAAAAGUGUUGAAGCGAUAUUAGGUUUAAAAUUACUAAUUCAAGAUCAACAAAAAAUUUUAGAAAAAAUGAAAAAUAUGUAUCAAAUACUUAAGGCAGCAACAUUUAUUCAACUAGCAGCUGAGUCAUUUCAAAUUAUUUUACAGCCUUGUGUGAUUUUAAAGUUUUAUUUUGAUGGAUUAUUAUCACCGACACUUUUUCUUAAGUUACUAUUUCCAGAAAUAACAUAUUUAUGCCAUUUAUUCCUCACUUGCUACUUGUUUAGUAUUGUUAAUGAACAAAGAGAAUCCAUGAACUUCGCUCUUUAUAGUAGCAAUUGGACGGAUAUGAGUAUUAAAUUCAAAAAGUUACUAUUGUUAACAAUGAGGAUGAAUGAUGCUGAGAAUUUAAAGAUGAAAAUAUCAAUGAAGAGAGUGGUUAAUAUGGAAAUGUUUGCAGAUGUAAGAAAAAUAAAUAUAUUGAUUAAAGUUAUUCCAUUAUUGUAG